UGAAAAGCUUUGAUGCUGGGCAUGACGUGACAUCGCAUCUUGUGGCGUCAAGUGCAGUCGCAGCCAUGUCGCACGCGACGUACCAGAACAAAUGGGUGGAGUGCAUGCAGGAGCUCAUGGAGCAGGUGCAGAUCGAGUACCUGCCGGUGGACGCCAAGGAGAACGGCCAGCACUUCGAGCCCGGGUUUCAGCACUUCGCCCUGCUGUACAUCAAGUAUUUGCAGAUCUACAGGAAAUUGGAGGAGUGCCACGACCAGAUGGUGCACCCGCAAAAGCGUGGCAGCAUCAAGAAGGUCCUGAAGAGCACAAUCAUCCGAAUACUUGAGUUGAAGGAGCAGCUCAUCACCUUCAACCUGCGGCCCCUGAACCGCUUCGUGGCCUUAGACGAGGUUUUGACCGACCUCAAGCUGAACCCGGAGACUGUGGAAUGGAAGGUGCCUCGCUACUUUCUCGACGGCAAGGAGUGCCGGGAGGAGAUCGAAGACAAGCAGCACAAGAUCGACCACUGGCUGGGAGUCUUCGGCAUGCCCUUGGAUCCAGACGACCUCCUGGACAAGAAGGACCCCUUUGAGGUCGGCUUCACCAAAGAUCAGGCAGCCGCCAUCGUUCAGAAGAAUGUGCGAGGCCGGAUGAGCAUUAUGAAGGAUCGCCGGGUGCAGUUCUUCAAGGCCUCCAGGAAGGCUGCCUCCAAGAAGCAGGAGAAGGAGAAUGAGGGCGACCCACUGGAAAGCCAGGUUCUGGCGGCCACUCGCAUCGCAGCGCACUGGAAGCGCAAGGUGGAACGCAGGCGCUUUCUGAAGAUGCGCGAGGAGGAGUUCGAAUUCCUCGGAAUGGCUCCUCCCAAGAAGGACAAGGGCGACGCUGAUGUGGUCGUGGAGAUGCAGAAGCAGAGGGAGAACAGGAAGAAGAUGCAGGAAGAUUCAGAUGACGUGUUCGAGAAGGCUCUGAAGCAGCAGCUGGAGUGGCUGCAGAAGAAGAAGGGAGCAGACAUCAAGGCUGAGCUGCUGGAGGAGCGGCGCCAGUGGAUCCUGGACUACUGCCAGAACCCCGAGCACGGCAAAGAGUUUCCCGAGAAGUUCGAUGAGUUCUACCAGCGCUUUGACAAAGCGCAGGAUGACGACGAAGGAGAGAAGGGGAAGGAUGGCAAGAAGGGCAAGGAUGCCAAGGGCAAGGAUGACAAAGCCAAAGGGAAGGGCGCCAAGGGCGGCAAGAAAGGGAAGGACGCGGAAGCGGAAGAGGAGCCGCUGGAGGUGCCGGAGUGGCCCAUGCGUAGCCCUCGCGGAUGGGAGGGCGGGCUACGCGAGGGCCAGCCGGGGCCCUGGUUUCUCUUGGGCCGGUUCCAGGGCAAAACUUAA